GUUCAUGUUGCUGAGGGACUAGGAAGACAUGUUUACAUGCAUAAACAGCUAAAGAAAGAAGGUAGAGACGUAUUUACCAUAAUUUAUGUAACGUACAGUGUCUGGAAGUUAUCCACUGUAAUGGUGAAGUUAAGGGCGAGAUGUCUGCUUGUCGGAGAUGCUGCGGUGGGGAAAAGUGCCCUUUCCCAUAUGUUCCACAGUGAUGGUACUCUCUUCCAGAAAAACUACAGCAUGACAACCGGAGCGGAGCUGCUAAUGAAAUGUGUGAACAUCCCAGAGACCAAUGACAGUGUGGAGCUAUACAUCAUAGACUCUGCAGGGAAGCAAACAUUAGUGGAAGCCUGUGAAAAGAUGUGGGGUGAGCUGUCAUUGCUGUGCCUGGUUUUUGACCUGACCAGUGAGCAGUCUUUUGCCAAUUGCAGCCACUGGAUUGAGAGAGUUCAUGCUCACUGCCAGGGUUUCCACAUUCCAGGUGUCCUGGUGGGCAACAAGUCAGACUUGUCUGCUAGAAGGGAGGUCCAGGCAUCUGUGGCCCAGGAUUGGGCCCAAAGCCAUGGGUUGGAGUACCACGAGACAUCAGCUAAAGAGAUGGAGAACUGUGAUUCUCUGCUCCUGAGUUUAGCCCGGGCCUUCCACUCUCUCUACCAAGAACGUCGCGAGGAAAUCCAGAACCUGAGUCCAGGCUAGACCCUUAUCCAGUUACACACACACACCUUGACUUUUCACACGUAGAAUAGACACAAGAUUCUGUUCAUAGAAUUUAAUAAGCUUUAUGGAUUAUGCAUGUGAGCAUUUGAGGCAAUUCAGGCCUGUGUUCUUUUUUACCAUGCGCUGCAGGCCCAGCAGAGAAUAGUGUUCGGAACGAUAUUUUGAUGGGACCGUGAAUAAAGUUGUUUCUACGAUAAUCA